AGGCUCUAUGGAGAUUGACCUCCCGACAACGGAACUUCUGAUUAGAAAUGAUUUUACUACGCAGCUAGACAAUGGGGGCACAACGGUGUUUGUUAUUAGCAUUAUCUUUGCUAUUCUCUCAUCUGUUGUAGUUGCAGGGCGGCUGGCUUCACGACUCUCUUUAGGAAAUUCUUUCGGACUCGAUGAUGUGGCAAUCGUUGUAUCUCUUGCAGUGUCAAUAGCUCAGUCAAUAGUUAUUUGUCUUCAGUGUAAAGCUGGGAUAGGAAAGCACGGAGAUGAUAUUUCACAGCAAUCACGUCUCGAGUCACUUAAGCUUUUUUGGGUCUUCCAGUGCACAUACAAAAUAACCAUUUACCUAACCAAGGCGUCAAUUUUACUUCUUUACAUUCGUAUAUUCGUCGUUACGCCCUUUCGUCGAGCUGCGUGGGCAAUGCUGGUUAUCGUGAUAGCCUGGGGUGUCGGCAGCACGCUGGUCGCAAUAUUUCAGUGUCAACCUAUCCGUCGCGUAUACGACAUAUCGGCGGCGGGCAAUUGUAUUAGCAACACAGUCGUCUGGUAUGCAAAUGGUGGCUUCAACAUCACGUCUGAUAUCGUGAUUUUGCUGAUGCCCCUUCCCGUCAUUUCAUCACUUCAACUGUUGCGGAAGGAUAGGGUUGGACUAAUUCUUGUGUUUACUGUUGGGGGAGUCGUGACUGUCAUAUCUACGUAUCGGAUGACUAUCUUAAAUGGAGCGUUAAAAACCUUGGACCCAACCUGGGAUGUGAUACAAGUUUUAUUGUGGAGUUGCGUCGAGACAAAUUUAGCAAUCACGUGUGCUUGCUUGCCUAUGCUUAGGCACUUCUUUGCCACCAUUCUCCGGCGUCUCUUCCCUGAGCAAACACCUGCAGUCAGAGCGCCCCCAAGCUUUUGGAAGGGGUCUGAGGAGAAUAUUGUUUGCCUAGAAUUGUCAGUACCUACUCAUUAGCCAGGAAUCUUCUUUUACUAGAGGGAGAAAAUCUGCUGGUUAAUUAAAUUAUUCUUUGUAAACUUUCUUAUAUAAGCAGCUAGCAAUUUUGUUUAAUUUACAAGUUCUGAGGUCACGUGUAACGUAUAAUGUAAGCUUGAAAAGUGUGACAGCACGAGAACAGAGGCCUCAAGAUAGAAGCGCGAUUUCGGUAUGUAACUUAGAAUAUAAAGCUGAGGAGAGAAGGUUCAGAAUGAGACAAGAAGAG